AUGGUUGAUUUACAUAGCCUCCCAGCAGGAUCACGACCAGAUACCGCGAUUCGGAACAAUGGACCAGAGCGCCUGGUACUGGAAAGGCUCAAGCUUCGGGAACUAGCUGAGGGUUGGCCUGCAUACAGGGAUUCUUGUGAAUGGGAGAAUUUUGAGUCCAUCUUCCAUCCCGGAGCCCAUGUAUAUACAACCUGGUCAGGCCGUGUUACCUUCAAAGACUUCAUCGCUGCUUCCAAAGCCGGCAUGGAUCAAGGCGCUUUUAUCAUGCAUAGAUGCCACGGUUCAAGCACAGACAUCAACAUAGAAGGAACCCGAGCAGUCACAAAGCUAAAGGCUACCAUUACACAGCGCUUUCAAGUAGAGGAUGUGGAAUUCGAUGUUGAAGCCGACUGCCGCUUUUGCUUCUACUUCGAAAAGAUCCAGGGAAUCUGGGGUGCACGAUUGGUUAGGCAUUGGUACGAGAAGGAUAAGAUGAUCCUUUGUGAUCCAUCCCGGGCCCUGGUAAUCACUGUUGAUGAGGAGAAGCUGGCUACGUAUCCACCAGGCUACAAAUAUCUUGCGUACUGGCAAGAGGUUACGAUGGGAAUCAAGGUGUUGUUGGACAUGCCUGGACAUAGGAGGCAUAUCGGCACGGUUAACCUUGAAAAGCAUGACGAGCUGUACUGGCUGGCUAAGACUUGGCUUGAGGGAGGACAGAUUGAGGUCUGA